AUGUUACCACGCUCUUUUGUUAUUCCGGAUUCCUGUUUAACUUGCCAAGUAUUUUUCUCACUGCAUCUAUACCCACCCCUGCGACGUCUUGACGACUGUCUUGAGCAUUGGAAAUUGUGCAAAAUCGAUUACAAUGAUUGCAUUUUGGAGACGGAAGAAGAAACCGGCGAUCGGGGAUGGAAGCUGCUGCCCGGCAGCAGAAUCGGGGAAUGCGGCACACAAUGGGCCAAUGUGCGCCGGAAGAAUAAUGGCAUAAACAUUGGGUCCUUUUGUCCCAUGGACGGUGGCGGGAGGGGGGAACUGAGACGUGCAAGAUGUGCGCCAGGAGCCCGGUGUUGCACUGAUUUUCCUUGGCCGGCCAUUGUGCGAUGCAUUGUUGAUUUCUUGAUUCCAUUGCAGGCACGAAAAGAUUUUUGCACACACAGCCGCUGCUUGGUGACAUUGCGCAAUGAUUACCGAUUACCGUUGUGCGCAGCUAAUGUCCUGCCCGUAAUUUAUAUGAUUUUUCCAUUUCCGAAGGCAGCAGGCUGUGCCGCAGAGUGUUUCCUUGCCUCGUGCCGAUUACUUUCGGAUAGAUGGCCCGGUGUGAGCGACAAUGUCCUUCCAUUUCUGUCCAUUUCUGUGGUCAGUCGCUUGCCGUUCUAUUGCACAAAUUUGACUAUUGUCCUGCACAGCGAAUCUCGAAGAGUGUGGAUGCCCAUGCCCAGCUGCGAUUUCGAGAUUGUUUGGACGGGGACACAGAGCUUUUGCAGCUGUCGAUACUCAAUUGCGGGGUGCCGAUCAAUUCAAGAGGCAAUAAGUAGGUCCACAUCAUAUUUCUUCCUAAUAAGAACGGGAACGUGCCAUAUCCUGGGGGUUGGCAACCACCCCAAAAAAGCAGCAGCACCACCACCAAUUAACACUGAACGAAAAAUCGCAGCAAAAGCUGGCAAAUCAGAGUGGAAAUUUGAUACGAUCUCAGGUUUUGUGUAGUAAAAUCACAAAUUCAUUUGACUACUAGUUCACACAACAAGUUUUUGAGAAAAUUCAAGAUGUAUUAAGGCCAAAUGUUUAUCACACUUUACUCCUAACUUUGAAGUAGAUUUUUCUGGUAGUGUAGCACCCGGCACCGGCGAUGCCACCCUCUUGCGCAGUCUCAGCCGUUGGGAUUCACACGCGCAUUAUCCUGGCGCUGGUCCUGCGCACUGUACCAGGAUAACGACGCCGCCACCACCAGCAGUAUCACCAUCACCAUCACCACCACCACCACCACCACCACCCGUAGCACCAGCAGCAGGAUUGCCAUUAGCAUUAGCAUUGCCACCACCACCAUGCAGGAUCAAUUAAAGGACUCGAGCCGUGCGGAAAUGGCGUUCACUUGUUUUGAUUUUCCAGCCCGGGGGUGAGCGCUUCCCAUUUCGCGUACAGAAACUUCCUCCCAACGCACGUGCGCAGUGUCCUGAUUUUGUAGCUGAAUCCGAGUUUGAACCGAGCUGAUCCAAAUCCAGGAUCCUGCUGCGCCUGCGCCACACUUUCGCGCAUUUGGGCUGACAAAAGGAUCUGCUGGCGCAUACACACCCUCUACACAUUAUGAGUUUGAUAUCCUGAUGCCGGCCUUCUAACAAUGCCACUUUAAUGCAAAUACAAUCGCACAUCCUUUCGAGCCUCGCUCACAAAAGGGACCUUAUUGAGCGCGGUGCAUAUUAACAAUAAUGUAUUUUGUCGAGAAUAAAUACAUUUCAUGCGGGA